AUGCAUGAUAGGAAAGGUAAAAGAAUCAUAGACAUCGAUGUACCAGUCAACGGGUCUGUGAACAUCACAUCCCCAGACUACCCAGACAACUAUACCACAAACAUCCGUCAAACGUGGCUGAUCAGCGUUGCAGAGAGCCAAAGUGUAGUCUUGUUUUUCAGCCAUUUUGACCUGGAACCAGCCUACGACUACAUCAAGAUCGGUUUCGGAAAUGUUUCGGGACUCGAAGAGACUCGGUUGAUCACGGUCUCGGGGGAUUCACUUCCGUCGGAUAUCAAUACCCGGCAUCGGACAGCAUGGAUGGAAUUCGUAUCCGAUUCCGCUUUCGGUUUUUCCGGAUUCUCAAUUGAAGUCGCUGGCAAAGUGGAGAUGGUAGAUUUUCAUCCUGAAGACGUACGGAAUCAAACAGAUGGACGGUUGUUUUUACAAUCACCCAACUACCCAGACAAUUAUUUACCCAAUACUCUUAUUUCCUAUGUCAUCGAAGCACCAGAAGAUUAUUACAUUCUCGUCCGUGUGUUGACACUUGAUACUCAAAGGGGGUUUGACAUCCUAUACAUCGGCGAGGGGAAAGAGGUAGGUCGACGGGAUACGAUCCGGGAGACGUUGACCGGAGAUAAACGACACAUAACAGCUUACCAUGAGUCCGAAACAAGGUGGCUGUGGAUAUUGUUUGUCAGUGACUACACCAAUGUUCUGUCGGGAUACACCAUGCAGAUAUCAUUCGUCACACCUAAUUAUCGAUUAUCACUGGACGAACCGAUGCUCUUUCAUCCUCCCAUCGUUUACACAUCCACCUGGAGAUUUUUCUUAUCAGCCAACUGGACCUUCGAGGGACCAAAGGACUCCGUCUUCAGAAUUCGAUUCAUAGACAUGAACCUCCACGUGGGGCUGCAGUACCUCGUGGUCGGAAUCGGCCUGGAUUUCUUCGAUCUGGAGGCCUGGAGGUUCGGAAUAAGCGGCCACGAAGAGCCCCUGGACAUGAUAUCAGAUUCCCACCGAAUGACUAUGUUAGUCGCUAGUUAUACCGAUGCGGUGAACGGUAGUAUUUUGGCUGAGGUCACGGCUAUUCCUAAACCUGAGAACAUUGCCCCUGUCUUCGUACCGGCCGAAGAAUCAGUGAUCCUCACCUCCUCGCAUUACCCCCAUUCCUACCCUAACAACUAUCAACAAGUCUGGCACGUUGCAGCUCCAAAGGGCUACGUCAUCCGCAACCGCUUUCUGGAUUUCGAUAUGCCUUAUGACAACGAUGGCCUGUCAGUGGGAAAUGGUCUCUUUUACUAUCAAGGUGGUACCGUUUUAGGAGGAUGGAGUGGUCGAAUUUCAUCAGAUACUCUUCCAGUCUUUACGAGUAUCACCAAUGCCAUGUAUGUGUUCUUCGGAACCGAUCCAAGUGAUUCGGGACGAGGGUUUAAGAUGGAACUGACAGCUAUAACAAGACCAAUUAUCUUGGAAGAGCCCGACGUCUACACAUUGACCUCGCCAAACUACCCCAUGCCGUAUGAGAACAACGCCUUCAUCCUCUGGCAUAUAACGGUUCCUUCGGGUUUUGGCGUUCUUCUCCAUUUCAUCGAGUUCGACCUCGUCGACGAGGGCGACCUCCUCGUCGUAGGUAAUGGGGCAUUUCCCAACGACACAGACAGUGUCGUUCAGGCGAUCAACGGUCGUGCCGUACCGUCCGAUUUCACGGUCUGGUCGGAGAGAGCAUGGAUUCGGUUUACCACUGAUGGGAAUGGAAUCGCAUAUGGAUUUAAGCUUGAACUGCGAACCGCUCUUGGAGAUGGACAUUGUCUGAUACCCAUGGGUCUUGAAGGUGGUUGGAUUGAUGAUUCUAGUCUCACUGCGUCAUCUCAGAAAGACAACCAACAUGGUCCUAGCCAAGCUAGGUUACUUGGACUCUCAUCUUGGAUACCUGACCCUGAUAAAAGCGAUUCGAUCCUCCAGGUAACAUUUGACCAAGCAUCCUAUGUCACUGGGCUUCUUAUCCAGGGAGGGCCGGAAAGCCAGGGAACGUGGAUCUCAUCUCUCAUUGUCGGAUUCGAUGACCUAACCGAAAUCAGACGUCAAAAGGAGUGGAAUCCGAGAGACAUUUCAAUGGUUCUAUUUAAUCGCCCUCGUCUAAGUGAAUACUUGAGAAUUCAACCUGCCUCAAAGAGCGCAGAACUGAUCUCCCUUCGCUUGGAAGUACUUGGUUGCAAGAAUGACUGCCAUUUUGAUUUGGGCGUGUCAUCUGGACAUCUACCAUCCUCCAACAUCUGGGUCCCAUACCAUUUCAACCAAUCAGGAGUUCAGAGCGACGACGUCAGAAUGAAACCAUCAAAUCACUACCCGCCAAAUGAAUGGCUAGGCCAAUUAUCCGAGGACGAUGAGAACUUUAUCGUAGUGAUUUUCCAAGAAGAAGUUUUGGUCCGUAAUGCUAUCAUCCAACAGUGCAAUGGAUCUAGAAUCAUAUCAUUCAGUGUUGAGGCUUUCCAAGGCGAUAUCACAAUUUUGGCAGAUUUUGAUAUUUCGGACUGUUUUUCUUCAGCCUGUAAAGUCUCGACAAGAUGGACUGAAAGUGCUAAAAAAUACAAGAUCAUUCCAACGAAAUGGGAAGGAGAUUUAUGCUUUCGAUUCGAAUUUCUCGGAUGUACCAGCAUAGACUGUUCCACUUCGUAUUGUAAUCUUGGUAAUCAUGGCAAAGGGAGCUGUUCGUCGAGUUCCCUCUCGAAGAGUGCUCAGGAAUUCACUCGAAAUCUCUCCAUAUCACUUCCUCCCCGCGCACAGUGCCUGGCAAAUAUCACUGCACCAGAGGAUGCUUAUGUUUCUUUCAUCUUUGAUGGCUUUGGUGACGUAAAGGAUAUCAAGAAUAUCUCAGACGGGGUUCUGAUAUUACAUGACCCGGAAACACAAUCAACGACAAACUUUGACCUCGCCCAGGUUCCUCCAGUUGACAUUUCCACCUCGUCUCAUCUCAACCUGAAGAUUCUAUCAGGUCUCUUGACCGCUACAUCAGAUGUCAUUGCUUCUUUUGGAUAUGUGGAUAAACCAGGCUGCAAGGGAAAAGAAGCCGACACUGUCCACUCAUGCACAGAGAGCACUGGUCUUUUCUUCUCACCAAACUACUUCGACCUGUACCCUCCGAACCUCGACCGUUCCUGGGAGAUCAGUACUCGGCCUUGGUCUCAAAUCAUCCUCCGUUUCAUCGAAUUCGACGUCGCUUCCCUCGAUGAGCGGUGCCAAGAGGACUUUGUGGUUGUCACUGACGCAUCGAAUUCGGCAAUCAUCGGGCGCUUCUGCAGUCAGGCACCACCAUCGGGCGACUACAUGUCUUCUUUAAACAGGAUGCGUCUUUCUUUCCAAUCUGAUGGGAUUGAAGGUGGCGCGGGAUUCUUGGCAGAAUAUGAUACAGGGCAUCUGAUACCUGAUGUGUUCUCGGCAUCUGAUUUUACCAAUGAGACUUGUCACGCGGGUUGGGACUACUUCCGGCGAUCCUGCUAUAAGCUCUUUGUCAGCUCUGACGUCAUAACAUGGAACGAGGCAGAGGCAGAAUGUGAAACCGUAGAGGGCGCACACUUGAUCAGUAUUCACGAUAAGGAUGAAAUGACGAUGCUACAUUAUAUGAUCUCAACUCAGUGGCAGACGGCUGGUAGAAAGACAUACAUAGGCCUCGGAUAUAGGGACCAAAGAGGGGUAUUCAAAUGGACUGAUGGAACACCCAUGUCUUAUACUGAUUGGUAUAUUCCCCAAAACAAUGAAGAAGGAGAAAAACAACCUGACGGUGGAAUGUUAGAAGCAUGCACAAUGCUAGUCUUUGAUCCAGCCACAUCGACGGAUCUUUCGACAGAUCUUUGGCAUGAUGUUGCCUGCGCUUCUCCUGAAACGAGGCAGUUUGUUUGCAAAACCCAAGCUACUGGUUCGCAGUGGAAUUCAACAGCUCAUAUCUACAAACCAGAUUCUAUUGGACAAUGCGAUCCCGGACUAUUCCAUUGUAGCUCAGGGGAGUGCAUACGUGACGUCUUUGUAUGUGAUGGUGCCAAAGAUUGCAAAGACUUCAGCGACGAAAAUGACUGCUUUUCAGGUUGCGAUGAGAACCAAUAUGAAUGCAACGAUGACUCAUGUGUAUCGAUUUCGUUUGUCUGUGACACCAUUUCUGAUUGUGAGGAUAAUUCGGAUGAAAUUGAUUGCGUGUAUCCGAGGUGUUCGGAGUCGGAGUUUAAAUGUGACAGUGGUCAAUGCAUAGACUCUCUCCGGAGAUGUGAUUUUGUUCCUCAUUGCUACGACUCUUCUGACGAGGUUGACUGUGUUCUGGAGCUUUCAUCAUCAGCGUUCCAAUGUUUUGAUGGGUCUUUGUUUCCAAGCAAAGUUAGAUGUGAUGGAAUGGUCGAUUGCAUCGGAAAAACAAUAGAGGAUGAAGAUCGAUGCGCUUACCUCAAUAAUGAUUUUUCUUGUGACUCUGAGACUGAACUUACUUGUGAUAAUGGCGCAUGCGCACCACUGGCCUCCAUCUGUAUGUAUGAACUCGAUGAAGUUGGUUUCCUCAAUAGCUGCCGUGACGUCACAAAUUUGAAAGAAUGUGAGAAUCACACUUGUCCAUCUUGGACAAUGAAGUGUCCAGACUCUUAUUGUAUUCCUCUAAGAUCCCGUUGUGAUGGGAAGCUGGAUUGCCCAACAGGGUCUGAUGAACAAGACUGUGGUACAUAUGAAUGUCCACCUGGUUCUUACCGUUGCCAUGGUAGCACAGUAUGUAUCAGUCUUGAUCAUGUCUGUGAUGAUGUAAUACACUGUCCUGGUCAUGAUGAUGAAAUAUUCUGUGCUGGAUGCCCCGAAGGAUGCUCAUGUACCGGUCUUUCAUUUACCUGUCACGUCGGAACAUUACAAUUUACAUCCCUUCCGAGGAACCUCCGAAAACUGUCGCUUGGUUGUGAAAAUGAGAUCGCAUGUGUAGGUCGAGAUACACGGGUUGCCUUGGAAGUGAAUAAGACCGAUGAACGUACUACGAUCGUACCAUCCUCGUUACCAUUCCUUAUUGAACUAUCUCUUAAAAAUUCAAGAAUUUCAGAUAUUGCAAAAGGAUCAUUUUCAUACAGUUCAAACGUCUUGUAUCUGGAUCUUGCUUUUAAUAACAUUCAUAUGUUACACCGAGGCGUAUUUGGAGGGUUACAACGAUUAGUUACUCUAAAUCUCUCUAACAACCCUUUGCAGAUGAUUGAAAUGGGAACCUUUGAUAAUCUUUCAAGCCUUCUAGAGUUGGACAUUCGAAGCACAUUAAUAUUUGAAGCAGAUGACGCCAGUUUGAGUGCGUUCUCUGGCUUGCACAAUAUUGAGACUUUGUAUGCUGACAAAUACCUUCUGUGCUGCCUGGCAGGAUUAGGGGACUCCCCCAACUGCCAUGCACCGCGUGACCAGUUUUCAUCUUGCGAAGAUCUCAUGGCCAACAGCAUCCUUCGAAUCUUCAUCUGGAUUCUGGGAACCAGUGCUUUCAUUGGCAACAUCCUCGUCAUCGGCUACAGACUGGUCAAUUCCGGAUGGGGGCGAUAUACGACAGUUCAGUCCAGUCUGAUCACAAACCUAGCCGUCUCCGACUUGUGGAUGGGUCUCUACAUGAUCACCAUAGCGUCAGCCGAUGUCUACUACCAAGGCGAAUAUGCUGCCCAUGCUGAUGACUGGCAGAGUAGUGUCCUCUGCAAGCUUGCUGGAAUCACUUCCGUUGUUUCCAGCGAGGCUUCGGUGUUUCUGAUCAUGGUCAUCAGCGUGGAUAGGUGUUUUCACGUGGUGCUGCCUUUCAAACCCGAAUUCCACCUUUCAGUCCGCGGUGCCCGGGUGGUCGGAUUGGUUAUCUGGGUAACUGCUGCCUUUCUUGGUAUUCUCCCAACUCUGAUCCCGUCGUUCGUCGAGGGUCAGUUCUAUGGUCAAUCCGGAGUCUGUCUGGCUUUGCCGUUGACUGUUGAUCGUCCUGCAGGAUGGCAUUACUCCAUUUCCUUGUUCAUCGGUCUCAACUUUGCCGCGUUCCUGGUAACUCUCAUAAGUUACAUAGCCAUCUAUUGCACAUUCCAGCUGUCAAAGCAGCGUAUAGCCGGGAAGAAGAACACAUCAAAGGAGGAUAUGCGAUUGGCUGAAAACCUGAAGUUGGCAUCUAAGAUGGCGCUGGUUGUUGGUACAGAUCUGGUCUGUUGGUUACCGAUCAUCAUCAUGGGCUUAAUGUCCGCAAUUGGAACUUUGACCAUUUCUGCUCAGGUAUAUGCAUGGACAGCAGUGUUCGUGCUCCCAGUCAAUUCAUCCCUCAAUCCAUACCUCUACACCCUCGCAUCAAUACGCCAAAGAAGACGUAAGUCCGCUGCUAGUCGAAGUAUGAAAUAUGAAGACAAGACCAUGGAAGGUAGUAUCUUUGACGACACCUCAAUCAUAUCUGCAUUCACGUCCUUGCCCGACCCUUCACCAGAACGGCUUGGGGAAUGGAUGAAACUUAAUCGACGCCCUCUAGGACGCUUAGAAGCCAGUGUGAUUCAACGUGACGUCACAAAGGCAGUGGAAAGAAUGAAGGAAUCGGGGCUGUGGAAUGAUGUCACACUCAACAUGAACCGAAUUGCCGUCCAAACAGAUAGUGGUGGAAAAAUCGUACACGCCUUCAUUGUGCUCGACUCACCUUUGACCUUUCUUGAAUCACGUGAUGAUGAUCAGGUGACCAACCUGAGCAACGACGAAAAUACCGACAUCGUCCUCAAUAUGAUUGCGCGGGUAAAUACACCAAAGUGAAAUUGAAUACGAUUAUGUAUUUUAAAAAAGUAUGGUAUUUUUGAAGAGAUUCUUUCUUAUAUUCAGUCGCUGCAACUUGGUGAAGAUUCAAUUUUUUUUGUAAUAUGUGUGUAAGAUUGUAUUUCACUUUGCCUCAAACAAUGAAUGUAGAAAUGAAAAAUAGGUACUUGUAACUAAGUGAAUAUGUAAUCAAUUAAAAAAUGAAAAUAAGAAACAACACAUUUCUAACUAGAUGUGCUGCGAAU